GAGAAAAUUAUGUAUUUCGACUUUGAUUAAUUAUUAAUUUCCUGUUAGACUCCCGAGGCCGGUUCCCUUUUUCUUCUUGUUCUAUUCCCAUGUCUCACGAAACACAUAAAAGGGCGAAAUUCGUCCAUUGCGUCGGCAACCCAGCUUUCACCCCCGAUAAAUACCUCGAAGACGCCUCUCGCCAGCAGAAAGUUGGUGAACAUCUCAACAAGAACGACCUAUACCAUGCCAUUGUCACGUCUUUCGGUCUCCCGGAGCGGGAUACCUACACCUACCAUGCCACGACGAGCGUUACGCUAGCUCAGGUCCAACACGUCGUGAGCCUGGGUGGCGUCAACAACCUACACGCCUGGUACAGGGCAAAAGAUGGCAUCCCGCUGGACCCUCCACCGCCAGGCGACAUAGAAGCCUACAUCUCCAUCUUCGAGCCAGCCACGCAGACGACCUCCGCUCUAAAAGGCAUGCAAAGCAACGCCAAGAAAGGCUCCCUUCGCGCGCAAUCCGCCGCCCACCUAACCGCCCGACGUUUCCUCCACCCCUCCCGCGCCGCCCAACUCUCCAUCCCGCGCUGCAAGACGCCUCCCGCCGCGAACCCAUACUUCGACUUCUGGGCCUGGUCCUGCCGCAACCUCGAAUGGUGCGGCCCCUGCGCGGGGCCCGGGCCCUCGGAACGCGUCGUCGCGACGAGCCACCACGUGCUCCCCGUCCUAAUGCACCACUUCGGCUGCGCCGUCCCGUCCCACGAAAGCCUCGAGCUCCUCCGCCUCGUCGCCGCCGGCCGUCCCCUCGCCGACAUGGGCUCCGGGAACGGGUACUGGUCCCACAUGCUCCGCGCCUACGGCCUGGGCCCCGUGUUUCCCGUCGAUAACAUGCAGAGCGUCUGGCGGGUGACCUGGGUCCCCGACACCAUCGUCGCCGACGGGCUGCGCUGGCUCGCGGCCCGCGACGGCGCGAGGGAUGUGGUCUUGCUGCUCGUGUACCCGGUCGUCGGGGCCGAUGGGCGGGGCGCCUUCACCCGGGACUUGGUCGCCGCUUACCGCGGGGACACCAUCGCCGUUGUCGGCACGCAGAACCGGAAUGGCUAUACUGGGUUCAGGGACGUGACUAUGGACGAGUACAUGGAGACGCAGCAGAAGGAGUGGGUCAAGGUCGUGCAGGUGGCCCUCCCCAGCUUUCCCGGCAAAGAUGAGGCUCUGUAUAUCUUCCAGAGGGGGGAUAGGGCGCCGGUGUCAGAUGCCACCAAGAUAGAAUCAAGUUAACACACAAGUUCAAUGCGGUGCCUGCUUGUGUGU